AUGGCUUCUCUCAGUAUCAUCGACCACUCGCCUCACCAGCCGGAGCCGUCUCCGCCAGUCGCUACAGCCUCUAACCUCAUUCUCAUUGACAACUACGACUCAUUCACCUGGAACAUCUACCAGUACCUCGUCCUGGAAGGAGCCACGGUCCAUGUCUUCAGAAAUGACAAGAUCACGGUUGAGGAGCUGAUCAAGAAGAAUCCCACUCAGCUCAUUAUCAGCCCGGGCCCUGGCCACCCUCAGACAGACUCUGGUGUCAGUCGAGAUGCGAUUCGCCACUUUGCAGGAAAGAUUCCCGUCUUGGGAGUCUGCAUGGGCUUGCAAUGCAUGUUUGACGUCUAUGGCGGAGAAGUUUCGUCCGCUGGUGAAUGGCUGCACGGAAAGACCUCUCCCUUGACUCACGAUGCCAAGGGUGUCUUUGCUGGCCUGCCUCAGGGUCUUCCAGUGACCAGAUACCACUCGCUUGCUGGUACUCAUCUCACUCUGCCCGAGCGUCUUGAAGUCACUGCUUGGGUGGACAAGCCAGAUGGCUCAGCCGGAAUCAUUCAGGGCGUUCGACAUAAGGAAUUUGUCCUUGAGGGUGUCCAGUUUCACCCGGAGAGUAUCCUCACAGCUGAAGGCCGUGUAAUGAUCAAAAACUUCCUCCACAUGCAAGGUGGUACUUGGAAAGAGAAUGAACGGCUUCAAAAGGCUACGUCGGCAAGCAGCGCUAAGCCUGCUGCAACUAAGCCGCAAAAGAACAACAUCCUUCAGAACAUCUACGCAAGCCGAAGAGUUGCCGUAGCAAAGCAAAAGGAGAUUCCAUCUCAGCGAAUGAGCGAUCUACAAGCUGCAUACGACCUGAAUGCUGCUCCUCCCCUUGUGCCAUUCGUCAGCCGAUUGAAGCAGACGCCUUUCGACGUAUCUCUCAUGGCGGAGAUUAAGCGUGGCUCCCCGUCCAAAGGUGUCUUCGCGUUAGAAACUCAGGCUCCGGUUCAGGCUCACAAGUAUGCCCUGGCUGGUGCAAGUGUCAUCUCUGUUUUGACAGAGCCCGAAUGGUUCAAGGGAAGCAUCGAAGAUCUGAGAGCCGUCCGCCAAGUUUUGAACGGCAUGCCAAACAGACCAGCCAUUCUUCGAAAAGAAUUCAUCUUUGAAGAGUAUCAAAUUCUAGAGGCAAGACUGGCGGGAGCGGAUACAGUGCUGUUGAUCGUCAAAAUGCUCGAGGUCGAGCUACUGGAACGUUUGUACAAGUACUCGCAGUCUCUGGGAAUGGAGCCCUUAGUAGAGGUGCAGAACGCAGACGAAAUGACGAUUGCAGUUAAGCUUGGUGCCAAGGCUAUUGGUGUCAACAACCGAAACCUCGAGACAUUUGAGGUUGAUAUCAACACCACGGGUCGACUACGAAGCAUGGUGCCCGAUACUACCAUCAUUUGCGCACUGAGCGGUAUCAAUAAGCACCAAGACGUUUUGGACUGCAAGAGAGAUGGUAUCAAUGCUGUCCUUGUCGGUGAGGCCAUUAUGAGAGCCCCAGACGCUUCGGUAUUCAUCAGCGAACUAUGCUCCGGCAGCAAACCACCGCCAAAAGACAACACACUUGAGAAAUUGCACGUCAAAAUCUGCGGCACAAGAAGCGUGGAAGCUGCCUUGGAAGCAGUCAAGGCGGGUGCCGAUUUUAUUGGCGUUAACCUAGUCCCUGGAGCCAGGCGAGCUGUUUCCCACGAGGUUGCCUUGGCCAUCUCAGACGCAGUCCACUCAGCUACCAAGUCAUCAGAAGCCCCCGCUAAACUCUCAAUCCCUACAUCAAGCGCCACAGAUUUCUUCUCAUUGACAACAAAAAACCUCAAGACCCCUCGUACGCAGGUAGUUGGCAUUUUCCAGAACCAGCCCCUUAACGAAGUUUUGGAAUUGCAGAGGCUUUACAAUUUGGAUAUAGUGCAACUUCACGGCGAGGAACCGAUUGAGUGGGCCAAGGCUAUUCCAGUUCCCGUCAUCCGCUGUUUCAAGCCUGGACAUCCCAGUCUCGGUGUCCGAGGGUAUCACGCCGUACCUCUGCUGGAUUCUGGGGCCGGGUCCGGCAAGUUGUUGGAUGUCUCAAGCGUAAAGGAGAUUUUACGAAAAGACCCAAAUUUCAGAAUCUUCUUGGCUGGAGGCCUCAACCCCGAAAAUGUUGCAGAAGCAGUCAAUGCCCUAGGGGAAUACAGCAGCCAGGUGAUUGGAGUGGAUGUGAGCAGUGGUGUUGAGGAGGAUGGCAAGCAAAGCUUGGCUAGAAUCACUGCCUUUGUCAAUGCCGGAAAGGCAAUUAGGUAA